AUGGUCACCAGUCACGUCCCCCCACCGCCGUCCCGCACCUUCAUCGCCCCUCGUGAGCAGGACAGCUUCCAGCGUCCCCAGUUCCAGGGGGAGGGCAGGGGGCCCGGUGGCCAGAGGUGGAGGAUUCCUGUGUGCGGCCACGGCAGGGUGGCGCUCUGGAAAGACAUGAAGGAGCUCCUGAGCAGGAAGAACAGCCUGAGUAUUCAGUACCCGGAGGCCACCCCUACUGUGCUGAGGACGGUCUGCAGGGUCCCUGGGCAGAUAGAGGUGCUCAAGAGUUUUCAAGAGGAUGUGGUGCCCGACCCCACCACCGCAUACCCCUACCUCCUCCUGUACGAGAGCCGCCUGAGGCGCUACCUGACUGCCCCACUGGAGGGCGUGCCCCACAGCAAGGACAGAUUCCUGGCCUACCCCUGUGCCGUGGGCCGGGAGACCUUCUCCACGGGAAGGCACUACUGGGAGGUGGGCAUGAACCUCACCGGUGACGCACUCUGGGCGCUGGGCGUGUGCAGGGACAACGUGAGCCGCAGGGACAGGGUCCCCAAGUCCCCUGAAAACGGGUUCUGGGUGGUGCAGCUGUGCAAGGGAAAGAAGUACCUGCCGGUCACAUCCGCCCCGGCCCCUGUCACGCUGGCCGAGCCCCCCAGCCACGUAGGGGUCUUCCUGGACUUCGAGGCAGGGGACGUGUCCUUCUACAACCUGAAGGACGGGUCCCACCUACACACCUACACCCAGCCUGAAUUCUCCGGCCCCCUGCAACCCUUCUUCUGCCUCGGGGCCCCCAAAUCAGGCCAGAUGGUCAUCUCUACAGUGACCUUGUGGGUGAAGGGAUAGGGGCAGAGGCUGGGGCAGUGCGGGCGGCCCUGGUUUCCCGGGAAGGUGAGGUGGCCCA